AUGGAGCUGGGGUCCUGCCUGGGACAGGGCCUGGAGGACAGCAACUUCAUCCUGGCCAACGCGCAGGUCCGCCGCGGCUUCCCCAUCGUCUACUGCUCCGACGGCUUCUGCGACCUCACCGGCUUCGCGCGCACCGAGGUCAUGCAGAAAAACUGCAGCUGCUGCUUCCUCUACGGGGCUGAGACCAGCGAGCCCGUCCUGCAGCGCAUCGAGAAGGUGCUGGAUGGCAAGCAGGAGUACCAGACUGAGGUCUGCUUCUACAAGAAGGGUGGAGCUGCGUUUUGGUGCCUGCUGGACAUCAUGCCCAUCAAGAACGAGAAGGGGGAGGUGGUACUUUUCCUUUUCUCCUUCAAGGACAUCACAGAGAGCCGGGGCAGGAGCCAUGUGGGUGACAAGAAGGAGGAGAAGCAGAGGAGCAAGAAGCCCGGGAAAUCACGCCUGUGGGCAGCGCGGAGGCAGGGCCGGACAGUGCUGCACCAGCUCAGCAGCCAGUUUGCCCGGCGGGACCGCAGUGAGAUGAAAAUCAACCGUAACGUGUUUGAGAACAAGCCCUCCAUCCCUGAGUACAAAGUGGCCUCGGUGCAGAAGUCCCGCUUCAUCCUGCUCCACUACAGCAUCUUCAAGGCCCUCUGGGACUGGCUCAUUCUCCUGGCCACCUUCUACGUGGCUGUCACUGUCCCCUACAACGUCUGCUUCACGGGCACAGAGGACAGCCUCUCAGCCGCCCGGAGCACCAUCGUCAGUGACAUCGCCGUGGAGAUGCUCUUCAUCCUGGACAUUAUCCUGAAUUUCCGGACAACAUACGUGAGCCAGUCGGGGCAGGUGGUGUACGAACCCCGCUCCAUCUGCAUCCAUUACGUGGCCACCUGGUUCUUCGUGGACCUGAUCGCUGCUCUGCCCUUCGAUCUGCUCUACGUCUUCAACGUGACUGUGACCUCGCUGGUUCACCUGCUGAAGACGGUGCGGCUGCUGCGGCUGCUGCAGAGGCUGGACCGGGACUCGCAGUACAGCGCCAUGGUGCUCACCCUGCUCAUGUCCAUGUUUGCCCUGCUGGCCCACUGGAUGGCCUGCAUCUGGUACGUCAUCGGCCGCAACGAGCUGGAGAGCAACGACCCCCAGACCUGGGACAUUGGCUGGCUGCACGAGCUGGGCAAGAGGCUGGAGGCUCCCUACAUCAACAACUCGGUGGGGGGCCCCUCCAUCCGCAGCGCCUACAUCGCCUCCCUCUACUUCACCCUCAGCAGCCUGACCAGCGUGGGCUUUGGCAACGUCUGUGCCAACACUGACGCCGAGAAGAUCUUCUCCAUCUGCACCAUGCUCAUUGGGGCACUGAUGCACGCCGUGGUCUUUGGCAACGUCACGGCCAUCAUCCAGCGCAUGUACUCGCGCCGCUCGCUCUACCACACCCGCAUGAAGGACCUCAAGGACUUCAUCCGUGUCCACCGCCUGCCCCAGCAGCUCAAGCAGCGGCUGCUCGAGUACUUCCAGACCACCUGGUCCGUGAACAACGGCAUCGAUGCCAACGAGCUGCUGCACGACUUCCCCGACGAGCUGCGCGCCGACGUGGCCAUGCACCUCAACAAGGACAUCCUGCAGCUGCCCAUCUUCGAGACGGCCAGCCGGGGCUGCCUGCGCUCCCUCUCGCUGCACAUCAAGACCUCGUUCUGCGCCCCGGGGGAGUACCUGCUGCGCCAGGGCGACGCGCUGCAGGCCAACUACUUUGUCUGCUCCGGCUCCCUCGAGGUGCUGAAGGAUGAUGUGGUUCUGGCCAUCCUGGGCAAAGGGGAUUUGAUCGGGGCCGACCUGUGCAGCACAGACCAAGUGAUCAAGACCAACGCAGACGUGAAGGCCCUGACGUACUGUGACCUGCAGCACAUCGGGCUGCGCGGGCUCUGCGAGGUGCUGCAGCUCUACCCUGAGUACGCCAGCAAGUUCACAGCCGACAUCCACCAGGACCUGACCUUCAACCUGCGGCAGGGCAGCGAGAUGGAGUUGCAACCUGCCUCCAGGUGGAUCCCAGAGCAGAACCUGCAGCAUCCUUAA